AUGAGUUUGAAGUUAAUUUUUAAUUGCACACCAGUUGGUCUUCCCAGGAUGGUAGCGGCAGUCCCUGUACAGAACUCUGCUAGCAGCUGGCUCCUGUGCGGAUCUUGGUUGUUGGGCCCCUGGGCUGGUUACACAUUGUGCUCCGGCUGCUCCGAGUUCUUCAAUGGCGUCUUCAUCAACCAGUACCGCUUCGGCUUCCCUGCUUUCAUCGCCCUCUGCCAGGCUUUGUUGACCAUUGUGGUGUUGCAAUUGUUGAGCCAAGCCAGACUGUUAAAGAUCCAGCCUUACUCAUUGGAGAGUGGAGAGACUUUCCUGCUUCCUUCUAUUUGUUUUAGUUUUCAUUCACUUCUAACCCUGUGGGCUGUGACCAGCUCCAACUCUAUAGGUUUCAAUUUCAUCAGACAGUUUACACCCUUGGCCACCUUGGUGUUGAUGGAAAUAUUCAACUUGAAGAAAAGAACAUCCUCCAACACUACUUUCUUGGUACUGCUGGUCACUUUGUGCUCAGUUCUUGCAGGGCUUCAGAACUUCAAUGAUGAAGCUCUUGUGUAUGCAUAUGGAGUAUUAAACCUCGUGUUCAAGAGCACUUACCUCAUUUUGAUCCAGAAAAUCUGUGAAGACCACAAGACAUCAGUGUUGCAGAAGAGAGAAGAUAAUGGAGAGUUUAGUUGCGAACAUUGA